GAAGGACCGCAAUUGAUUACCACACACAUAAUGCUUGGAGAGUUAGCUGGCUAGCGCUUGUGGGCUUUUCACCAUCUACUUCAAAUUAUGCUGAACCCUACCAACAAAGGGAUAACAAAAACACAAAAGAGAAAAAAGAUUUGUAUUGAUUUCCCAUAUCCCAUACUUUAUGGGAUUCCAUUCCCUCUCUGAAGUAGCUGCAGGCAUAGUACGGCAUCCGAAGGCUUUUUUAUAUGCUUGCUUGAUACUUCUUCCACCUCUUCCUUUGCCGCAUAGACAAAGUUGGAGCACUUGGUCAAGCUUAGGAUGAGGGAUUGGGCAGCUCUGCUGAUAGCUUCGGCCCUGUUUGCAUUUCUGUCUCCGGGAUUGAUCUUUCAAAUUCCUGGGAGGGAGCGACCUGCUGAUUUUAUGGGCAUGAAAACUAAUAUAGCCGCUGUAUUCGUUCAUGCAGUUAUCUACGGUUUGCUUCUCAUUUUAUUCUUCAUUAUUCUUAAUGUUCACCUCUAUGCCUAGGAGGUAUGGAGACAUCACUGGAAGCUUUUUGAAAGCACAGCCUCAAGCCUCAGGACUCAGGCUUCAGCUCCUCUGGGACUGAAUUUUGGAGUUUUUUGUCUUUUAUUUGCUUAUUGAUCAGUGAUAUAUUCCUGCUAAUGAAGGAAUAUUCAUACUUGUAGCUUAUGAUCAAGCAAGUGCCUUAAUAAACAUAGUUGUGUUUCUUUCUAUACAAUAAUUUUGAUUGUCAAGAAA